CAACCUACAUAUAGGAGGUAGGUUAGGUACCUAAGGUAGGUAUAUAACAUAUAACAUGCGAAAGGCGGACAAGGAAUCAUUCCCGCCAGCUUCUGACCCACGCAUAACGUUGCCUUUUCCUACAUAGUAUAAAGAGUCUGAGCAAUCCUCUCAGCUGAAGGUUCAUUGUCCAAGUUUUGGUCCGAACAUUGCCAAUAUUCGGUUCUUACUAUCGUAAAGAGGAAUCCAACUCCCCGGAACCCACAUUCACUAAGCUCUCGGUCAUCUUAUGCAGAUGCUAAUCUUACUGUAUCUCCUCCGCUGCUGCGACGUCUUACUCUUCAAACUUAACAACUCUGCAGUACAUGAAGUUAUCGUAGUUUCAUCGGCCUCGCUCUUCAAAAUGGCUCGCCUGUUUCAGGGGGUAUUAUUCCAUUGUUGUUCCAUCAUUAUUCUUGAUGGAAUACGACAUUCCAUGCGUCUUGACUACUAUACUUGGCUGAGUCCUUGGAUCCAGGCAUAAAUCUUGCCCCUCUUAUAAAGCUUUUUGGGUCUAGUCCAUAUGCUUUUCUAUAGACACGCCUAUACCAAGGAAGCCCACUCAUCGUCAACCCGGGUACCUAUCUCAGGAACGACAUCGACACGGAUCGUCUAAAGGCCAUUUAUGGCCAUUGAAUUCCAUUUUUCUCUUCAUGGCCUGUUACUUCUACCGUCUUUGACCCACCCAGAACUGGCCAAGACGCCCAAGUACCUGGGCGAGAUGCUAAUAAGCGAAGAAGAAGAAGAAAUAUCAACCCACCAAUUCCGGCUAAAACAGCUUGAUGGAUCCCUGCUGCAGAUCUGACAAUUAAUUACGAUAAAGUUUAGGAUUAACAAAGUGGCCUCCCGCACAACCCCUUCGUGUUAAUCCAACGAACCAUCCCAGGGGCCGAAGGGAAUAUUCUUUUUUUUUUCUUUUUUUGUAAUUGCAAAGUCAACGGAAGCAUUCGAUACCACCCUCAUUGAGGGUUUGAGGUUCGUCCCAACCCUAGGAAAAUCUGGGUCCAAUGGGCUUUCUUCUCCAUCGUAAAAAAAAAAAUUACACUCUGGGAUUUCAUUUACCGUAAAAGGAGAAUUUGCUUAGCCGCCUCCUGCACGCUUUAGGGAUGACCGCCUUAGGAGGUAACAUGCUACUGACUUUUAGAUCUAUGUCCGUCAUUAAGUCGUUGUCCAUUACCCAGUCUGAAUAUAUGCACUACUCAAGACGAGGUGGGCAGGAUCAGCUGUAGUACAGAACAGCAUUGAGGUUCAUGGAGGGCCGGGAUAAAAAUGACGAAUCACAUCUUAACCGCUAUGAUAUGAUAUGGGCUCCAAGAGCCGACUUACGUGCUGCUUAGUAGCUCUUAUGGCGAUCUCUGGAGCACGGUAUGGAUGGCACCAUGUUUUAACUUGUAGCCAUGCAAGCCACGACACCGCUAUCUUGACAACCUCUAUGCCGGCAAAUUUCGUCCAUCUCGUGCGAGAAAAUAGUCCGAAUGCAUAUGGGGAGUUAUUCUAAUGAAUACCCACAAGUUGAAUAGCUCUUGCUGAUUCUAUUCGCUUUAUUUCUGCCUUAAACCUAUAGAUGCGUGUAAGACAAACUCACAAGUCGUAUACUAUCUAGACGACUCUUUUACAAACAACGGGGGGUUGCAGGGAAUUAUUUUAAAUGGGUGCCUAGAUGACUCAAUCCGUAUGUUUUCUCACUUUAAUUAAGCACGAAUGCUAGGUAGUCAAUGUUUAUGAAACCUCUUUUUAUCGAGAUUUAUACCCUAGAUACCUACCU